UCUGCCAAGGGAGCCAGCACCUCUGACCUCCUUGCCUUUGCUCUUGAACACGCCGAGGACGAGCCCAUGGUCUGGCUGGACACAGCGAUGGCUGCGUACUACGCUGGUAACCGCGAGGGCUACGAGACUGUGGUGAAAAAGGGGCUUGAGCUGACGGCGGUGGACGCGGCGGCGGCCGAGACUACCUUCUACCUUCGCAACUCGCUGGCAAGGUACUACGCUGCCGAGGCCGAGGCAACACGGGAUGUGGAGAAGCAGAAGAAGCUGCUGCAGGCUGCGCGAGAGGCGCUCAAGAGCGUGGGCAAGGCCGGCCAGCGGGCGAUGACCACCUUUGUCUCGACCGGCCUUGUCUUCCUUGCGCAGAAGAAGCCCAAGAGCAUCGAGCGCGGGCUGCAGGCGUGUGGCCAGGUCAUCGACGUGCUUGCAUCGUACGUGCCAGCACACAUUGCCAAGGGUGCACUCCUCUUUAACCAGCGCAAGUACAUGGAGGCGUUGAUGGCGUACUCGGAAGCGCUGGUGCUCCGGCCACAGCUUGGCGCGCACAUCCGGGUCCGUAUGGCGCUCUGCUACCUCAAGCUCGACAAGGUGCCCAAGGCCAAGGCCGCGUUUGUGCGGGCGCUUGAGCUCGACAGCGAGUCGCUCGCGGCCAUCCUCGGCCUUGCCAUUCUCGAGCUCAAUGACGGCAACGUCGAGGCUGGGAUGCGGCUAGUGGCGCGCGGGUACAAGCUCGAUCCGAAGAACCCGAUUGUGCUCAUCCACCUCGCCGACCACACUUUUUCCUCGACGACCUCGAGACGAGCCUCAAGCUGGCGACGAUGGCGUAUGAGGCGACCGACGCCAGCCUGCUCCGGGCCGAGGCCGCAUACCUCGCCGGGCGGGUGUGGCAUGUCCGCAAGGACUACACGCAAGCUAACGAGUUCUACAAGCAUGCGGUCAUGCUGCGGCCCAACUACCCGCUGGCGCUCUAUGCCGCGGCGCAGAUGAACGUCCACCGCAACCACCUGACCAAGGCGCUUGACGGCCUGCGGCGGCUGCUCAAGUACGCGCCCAACAACUUUGAGGCGCUGGUCUUUAUCGGUUCGCUCUACGCGCGGCAGCAGAAGCGGGCCGAUGCGCUUAAGGCGCUCCGCGCGGCGCUCGCGCUCGAGCCCGACCACGUCGAGACCCUCAUCGAGUACGCCCAGCUCAUCGACUCGCACUCACCGGCCGAGGCGCUCGCGGCGUACACCAAGGCGUACGACGCGCUGGUGGCCGGGCCGGGCGGGGCGGAACGCAUUCCGGCGGCGCUGCACAACAACAUCGGCAUUCUGCAGGGCGUGCUGGGAGAGUUUGAAGCCGCCGAGGCGUCGUUCAGCGCUGCGUACGCCGCGCUUGGGAUGCCAGACAAGCCGUUUGCUCCACUCAACCGGACAGUGACGUUCAACCGGGCGCGGGCGCUCGAAGACGCGCGACGGUUCGCCGAGGCGCGCAGCCUCUACUCUGGGCUCGCCGAGGCGUUCCCCGAGUACGUCGAGCCGCACCUGCGGCUCGGGUGCAUUGCGCGGACGCUUGGGCGGCACCAGGAGGCAUCGGACCACGUCAAGGACGCGUUUGCCAUCAACCCCAACGACAUCAACGCGUGGUCGCUCCGUGGCUCGCUCAACGUGGAGAAGAAAGAGCUGCAGCCGGCGCAAAAGGCGUUUGAGCACAUCCUCGGGCGGGUGAACAAGUCGGACCCGUACGCGCUCCUUGCGCUUGGCAACAUCUUCUACCAGUCGGUCCGCCCGUCGGACGCCAAGACGACCAAGUGGCUCAAGCGUGCGCUCACCUUUUUCAAGCAAGUCCUCCGCGCCGACGCCUCCAAUCUCUUUGCCGCCAACGGCAUCGGCAUCGUCCUCGCCGACAAGGGUCAGAUCGGGGCUGCCAAGGUCGUUUUCGACUCGGUCCGCGAGGCCUCGUCCGAGUUCCCGGACGUGUACGUCAACCUCGGCCACUGCGCGCUUGCGCAGAAGCAGUACGUCAAGGCGAUCACGCUCUACGAGACGGCGCUUGCCAAGUCGGCCGACCCGCACGACGUCACCAUCCUCCUCUUCAUCGCCCGCGCCCUCUUUGACCAGAAGCUCUACGCCAAGGCGCGCGCCAUGCUCUCGCGUUGCCUCCGCCUCGAGCCGACCAACAUUGCCGCCCGCUUCGACCUCGCCCUCACCAUCCAGAGCGAGGCCGUGGCCAAGCUCAAGCUGCCCGAGUCCCAGCGGCCGGUCACCGUCGUCAAGUCGGCCAUUCGCCUCCUCCAGCAUGCCCGCUCCGAGUACGAGUACCUCUACGCCAACAACCUCGCAUCGCGGGCCAAGGAGUACAUUGAGUACUGCGACUCGGCGCUCGAGGACGCGUCGCUCACCCUCGACGCCGCCGAAAUCCUCGAGGAGUCGCUCCGCUCCGCGCGCGCGCGCCGCGAGGCCGAGGAGGCCGCUGCUGCUGCUGCCGCCGCCGAGGCCGCCGCCGCCGCUGCUGCUGCCGCCGCCGCCGAGGCCGCCGAAAAGGCUGCCAUCAUCCAGGAGGACUCCAAGAUGCUCGCCAUCAUGCGCCAGAACUGGGAGAACGCGCCCAAGACCCGCAAGCGCAAGCGGAAGAAGACGUCACAGGCUGCGCCGAGCCGCAACGACCUGCCCGAGCCCGAGUGGGAGGACGACCAGGACAACCCGUACAUGCCUGGCGAGGGCUCCGGAUCGGGGCUGGGCUCUGGUGCCGAGUCGCCAGCCUCACCGCCGGCCUCGCCGCCGCCUGCUGCCGACCCGACCGCCCCGCCACCCGCCAAGAAGCGUAAGACGGUUGUCGACUCGGACUCGGACGACGAUGACGACAACGCCGGCGCGAGCGAGGGCAACCCCCCUGACUCCAACUCCGGGCCCAGCCCGAGCCCCAACGAGGACUCGGGCCUGGCCGAGAUGGACACCACCGGCGCCGGCGACAACUGAUGAUGCCCCCGCCCCUUCCCUUGGCUACGACGCGUUUAAAAACGUUGGUGAUCCAACAACAGCACACAGAGCAAAUGAAUCGCACGCAC